AUGACGAUGAAAAUGGAAACAGGAGAAACGGCAGUAAAGUUCAACUCCCGUUUCAUGGUAGAAGCAGGAAAGAGCGGCUUAAAUGACGAAGGACUAAUCAUGGUGUACAAAAGUUCCAUACACCCAUACCUCCUUCAAAAUGUACUCAACUCCUCCACACAACCCAAAAAUAUUGCAGGGUGGAUGAGCACCGUUGCUGGCCUAGACGCCAACUGGACAAACUCAAACAGCAUCACCAAAGGAAAAUGGGGAAAGAAGGGAGAGAAGAAGAAAGAAGAGAAGAGAGGAAGAAGCCAAUCAUCCUCGGCAAAAUGUUUAACCAAAGAUGAAGAAGACUUGCUCAAAAAAGAAGGGCAAUGCUUUAUAUGCAAAGAACAGGGACACAUCUCACGGUGUCGAUGA